AUGAAACCCCAUGAGAAAGUUCUUGUCUUUCUCCAGAUAAGCUGCUGCUUCGCAAUCGCCGCAACAAGGGCCGAAGUCUUCGACUAUGUCAUUGUUGGCGGCGGCACCGCCGGACUCGUGGUCGCAAACCGGCUCUCAGAGACACCGACUGUGCGCGUCGCGGUCAUCGAGGCCGGCGGCGACGAGCGAAACAACCCCAACGUCACCCUCGCUAGCGGCUACAUCACCAUGGCGGCGUACAACACGCCAAUCGACUGGGCUUACCAAACCGUACCCCAGCCCGGUGUAAACAACACGCCGUUGACUUAUCACCAAGGCAAGGCGAUCGGGGGAACCAGCGCCAUCAAUGGCAUGGCGUACGUCCGUAGCAACCAGGCCGACCUAGACGCCUGGGAGAGGCUCGGCAACCCGGGCUGGAACUGGGCCAGCCUGUACCCUUACUCCAUGGGGGCCGAGAACUUCACCUUCCCCGGCCCGGGGCUGCAGGCGUCGGGCGUGACUUUUGACGCAGCCGUGCACGGCUACUCGGGCCCCAUCCACACGGGCUACGGGAGCGCCUUGGGCAACAUGACCCUCACGCCGGCGGUGCAAGACGCGUGGGAGGAGCUCGGGCUUCUGCCAAACGUCGACACGGGUCGCGGCAAAAACCGCGGUGUAUCGGCAAACCCGCUUACCCUCGAGCCAGGGUCGCCGUCCAUCCGUUGUGACUCGGCUCGGGCAUACUGGUACCCCGUUGAGGAUAGGCCGAACCUGAAAAUUAUCAAGGGCACGGCUCGGCGUCUGGUCUGGAGGAAGAACAACAAACCCUGCUCUAAGAAAGCAAAUACCGCCACAGGCGUCGAGUACUUGGAUGAGGAUGGACAGGCCGUCGUCCUCUCCGCCACCAAGGAGGUCAUCCUUUCGGCGGGGUCACUCAGAACCCCGCUUGUCUUGGAAAGCUCGGGGGUUGGGAAUCAAGGAAUCUUAAAAAGACUCGGAAUACCCGUUGUAGUCAGUCUUCCAGGGGUCGGUGAGAAUUUCCAGGACCAGGGAAACAAUAUCGUCUUCUACAACACCACGGCAAACGCCACGGGCGCCGUCGUCUCGCAGACCUGGGCCAGCCCGGCCGACGUAUUCGGCAGCGACCUCGCCGACAUUGCCAACAGUACCCGCAACGAGCUGCCGCGCUGGGCCGACCUGAUUGUCUCGGCAUCGGGUGACGCCGGCGCACUGCUGAACAGGAGCGCCGUCGAGGCGGUUCUGCGGGCGCAGCACGACCUAGUGUUUGGGGACUCGGAGGGUGCGACGACGCUGGUUGAGUUUGUCACCACGGCUUUUGGCAACGGCAUGUUGAUGUCGCAGCACUGGACACUGUUCCCCUUCUCGCGCGGCAGUGUCCACCUCGCCUCGGCGGACGUGUCCAAGAUCAACGAGCCUAGGAUCGACCCACGGUUCAACCUCGUCGAUUUUGACAUCACGGCCCAGACCCAGGCCGCCAAGUUGGCCGCGCGGCUGGGGAAGACGGAUGCACUAGGCCCGCUUGUGUCGGAGCGCAUCCGCCCGAGCCUGGACAUCCUGCCAGAGAACGCGACUGACGCCCAGUGGAGAGAGUUUAUCAAAACCACCUUGGAUGUCGACCACCACAUCGUUGGAACGGCGGCCAUGAUGUCCAGGGACCUUGGUGGUGUGGUGGACCCAGAACUGAGGGUGUACGGGACGGCCAACGUGCGCGUCGUCGACAUGUCCGUCAUCCCGCUCCACUUCAGCGGGCACCCCGUCGCCACGCUGUACGCCGUCGCAGAGCGGGCCGCAGACAUCAUCAGACGCUCGCCGCUCUAUGCGGCGUAG